AUGCCCUACAGCAGCGACUCAAGCUCCGGCUACUUCGGCGGCCCCGAACGCCAUGGCAAUGGCCACCAAGGCCGCCGACCCAGAGACUGGACGCAUUCGAGCAGCGGCGACUCCUUCUCCAGACCACCAAGCCCGUCCCACGACCGCGACCGCGGCCGCGACUGCCCAAGCAACCUAUCCCGCGACUAUACCGACCGUGGCCGAGACCUCGAUUCGCACCGGCACACGACCCUCUACCGCAGCGGGGUUGCCUUCAACCCUCAACGCGGACGGUACGCAUGGUCGUCGGCAUCGAACGGAAGCGACGACUUCUACGUCCCGACUCGCAUCCCACGAGACUCCUUCCACAACAGACGUCAUCGCCGCCGGCUCGCCAAUUACGCUGGCGGUGACGAUCUCGACUUCUACGACCGGUGGGAAAGGGCCCUCCCUCGCGGCCAAUACCGCGACGACACCCAAUUGGACUAUAGCUGGGUACAGCGCUUCCCGAUCCAGCGGACCGACAGGGACGCAGAGCUCGACUUCCUUCUUGAAGGACGAGAAGCCGACACCCGUCGCAGGCGAGGGAGACGGGAAUCUCGACGCCACUACGGUGACACGACGGCCGCUGAUGCCGACUACGAGGACAACGAGGCCGGGAUGCCCGAGGGAUAUCGCACCCGGCGCGAGAGGGAGCGGUCGGCGAGCCGGACUUGGCAGAGCCUGUGUACGGGCACGCGUAACUUCGCGAUCGAGUAG